UCAAAUGAGUGAGGACAGGAUGAUACACAAGGAGCUGAAAUCACGCACUUCAAAGAAACAAAAGGAUGAAAGACACUCAACUCACAAAAGUGGAGUGUUUCCAAGAUAUGUUAUUGCAGUAAACCUGGGAAUUUUAUGCUUUUUAGUCCUGCUAAAAGCCAUGGGCUUAGGAUAUUUGUUUGUGAUGAUGGCAUGGAGAUAUCAGAUGAAGGGAAUAUACUAUCCUGAAGUCAUUCCUGAAGGAGUUUUUCAGUUUUCUUCUUGCUAUGAAAUACAAGAUAAGAAAGAUACAAGUGAAAAAAGUACUUUCUCACCAGAAACUCAAGCUCCCUCAGUUUUACCACCUACUAGAGAGAAAGGCUGUGACAUACAUGAAGGACAAUGGUCCUGCUGUGGAAGAAGCUGCUACUAUUUUUCAACUAAAGAGAAAACAUGGAAAGAGAGUAAGAAGAAAUGCCAGAAACUUCAUUCUAAUCUCAUUAAGAUUGAUGAUGAGGAGGAGCAGAGAUUCAUUCAAUCAAAAAUAAAAUACGAUCACUGGGUUGGUUUACAGAAAAAACCUGACAAAUCCUGGUUGUGGCAGGAUGGCUCAAGUCCUUCUGGGAAACUCAGAAAUUUUCAAGAGACCACCUCUACGUCUGAUGCAGCAUGUGGACGCGUCAAGAAGACAUUGAUCAUUAACGGUGUUUGUACUAAUGUGUUGUAUUACAUUUGUGAAAAGCAUUUAUAAUUGAAGAAUUGCCCUAAUCAGUAUUCAUAUUUUCAUUUU